UAAUAAAAUAUCCCAAUAAACUCUCUCCAUUCCCCACUACUUUUAGCUUUUAGUAUUUUACUAAUAAUGUAUGACAAAAAGUUUUCAGUUAAAGAGUGCUUCACAGAAGAGGGAAGAAAAAUAGAACAUCAAAAAAUACAAGAGCAAAAAAAGGCUGUAAGCAGGAUAAAAGCCAGAACAAAACUUCAACCGUAACAGGUGUCUGAAACUAAAUUUAAAAAAAAGUUUCACAUAGUUUUCAAAAAGUAACAUUAAACCGGCCUAAGUUUUAGCCUGAAUUAUUCUACUUCUACCUUUCAGUAGGGAGGUUAAGGCCAAAAAAUAGUACCUCAGGGUCCUACAAAUAAAUUUAAAUGAAGAUGAAGACUGUUAGGAUUCUCUACCUUCUCAUGGUGGCUUCAUGGUGAAUCCCUGCACCAGUGUUCAGCUGCAUCUUUCCUGCUGAGCUGUUUAAAGGAUCACUUUAAUCUCAUGGUGUGAAUAUGCAGGAAGGAUGAUAAAAUAACCUCAUAUCAAAGAAAAGCACACAGAAAUGCAGAUUUUAUCAUAAACUUGCGUCAAAUACUUUUGGAAUGACUCCACAUAUGUGCUGCCUUUUAGCUAAAUGUUGUUCCAAGCGGCUCAUUUCUGUGUUUCCUUUCAGUCAGUUUUAUUAAGGAGCCUUAAUAUGAACCUAAAUGCUUUUCUACCAGUUUCAGCCGUGAAACAAAUCCAGUAACAAACACGUCUUUGUAAUGAAUGUGCAGCAGGUUGACUCAGUAACUCAUUUAAAAUCCUGUUUCUGAAGCCGACUGCUUCUCUUUAUGUACAGUGUAGUUGUUGUGUUUGUCCAGCAGAUGUCAGCAGAACAGCAGCUAUGAGGAGAGUUUGUUAAAGAUGUGAAUAUUCCAGAGCAAAAAGUGAGCUGAGCUUUGGACUGCUGCAGGGCUGCAGAGAACAACAUCACAGAUAUUCAUGCCAGCUGCAGUAGAACAGGAGAUAAAAGCAGUAAAACUCCUCCCUACAUGUUGAGCUCUUGUUCCAGAUGUCUGUAUCUUUAUUCAUGUGUGAAGCUGAAGGAUUAAACAAACCUGACAACCAGCAGCAGUCCAGAAUAAUGUUGGUGUUUAUGUCUGAACUAAAUCCAACCAGUUCAGCUGAUCAGACGUCUGAUAGUUUAUUAGUGGAUUCAAUCCAAAGUGGCACAAACUAAAAAUAUGACAUCAUUUCCUGUUUCCUCGUCUCUGACUGACACGACAACACAAAUUUAGCUGCAUGUGGUCUUUGUGCUUUUCUAUUUUAUUUAAAACCAACUUUUUUCUGUUUUUUUUUCUGGUCCACAUCAUGUGCCACAUCCCAGUGUUCUGCUGGAUCACUGCUACAGUCCUGGAGGAGCUGCUGAGAACCAGAGAGGGAGGAGAUCUGCCCAGAACCCUGACUGAGAUGUUCAUCCACCACCUGGUGGUUCAGGCCAAAGUCAAGCAGGUCAAAUAUGAUGGAGGAGCUGAGACAGAUCCACACUGGAGUCCAGACAGCAGGAGGAUGAUUGAGUCUCUGGGAAAACUGGCUUUUAAUCAGCUGCAGAAAGGAAACCUGAUCUUCUAUGAGUCCGACUUGACAGAGUGUGGCAUCAGUAUGGAAGAAGCUUCAAAGUACUCAGUGUUGACACAGAUCUUUAAAGAGGAGAGAGGGUUGUACCAGGACAAGGUGUUCUGCUUUGUCCCUCUGAGCGUUCACGAGUUUCUGGCUGCUCUUCAUGUCCAUCAGACCUUCAUCAACUCUGGAAUCAACCUGCUGGAAGAACAACAAACAACAUCCCAUUGGACUGAACUGUUCCAAAGUUAUUCAGUUGUUUUCUACCAGAGAGCUGUGGACGAGGCCUUACAGAGUCCAAAUGGACACCUGGACUUGUUCCUGCGCUUCCUCCUGGGUCUGUCACUGCCGACCGGUCAGAAUCUCCUACAAGAUACCAUUACUGGUACCAGGCAUUGAAAUGAACAAAACAAGGGUGGUCUAACGGUUUUUCUAUGACUAUAGUUAUUAACCUGUUGUCUCACUACUCAGUUUCUUUGCAUUCAUAAUACACAUAUUCAACAUUUUAAGUGGUUUAUUUAUUCAAUUAUUAUUGAGUUGUGGAUAGACUGUGUUUUUGGCAUGCUUUUUUAAAGAAUAAAUGGCAUAUUUUACCUUCACUUGUCAUAGUAAGGAGAAUGUUU